AUGAUGUCAAUAUAGUGGCUGAUGAUUUCUUACAGAUUAACUGAUACUGAAACUGAGCUGAGACUGUAUAAAAGUAAAUCUGGUAUUAUAGACGAUUUGGAAAUAGAAAUGAGACGCCUACGUGAAGAUGUGGAAUAUCUAAGAGAGGAGAAAGCCAUUUUGACUGGAAGAUUGGAUGAUGUUUACUUGCCGUACACCCCAAGUCCACGUAUCAAUCUCAAACCAUUAUCUGUUAGCAAUGAUGUUGUGCAGCGUAUACGCCAAGCUAAUCUUUUGUCCAGAUUCAGUGAUAUGUUUGCACAUGAUCGUAUGGAUGCAAUGGACAUUUUGCGUAACCACAGCGAUGAUCAUAAACUCAACCAAGAAAUAAUCUUUGCUUGUGUCCAGGAGUCAUUCCAUGCUACUAAGAUAGCAUUCAGACAGUACAAGAGUAAAGUACGAGCUACUCUAAGUACAACACAUACUGGUCCAGAAACACUGGAAGAGGCUGUACAGAACUAUAUCAACAAGAAUGGUCAGCUAUUAGAUGUACACACCAUUGUACAGGAUGUGUUGAGAGCUAUGAAGAGACAUCCCAGCAUUUGCUUCCCUCCAGAAAUGGAUUUCCGUGUCUUGACUUUGUUUAUACGCGAGUGUGUCAAGGUAUCUUGGUCUAUGUCUGCAUUGCCGUCCCCUGUAGAUAUUGCACCUGCAUGUGAUGGUGAUGUUUUUGAAGAUUCCAAGUACCGACGUAGUUAUGAUUCUGAGUAUAGUGCACCACUGGUUAGCCACUUCAUAUGGCCCGCUUUGAUUGAUACUACUACUGGUAAAGUGUUGCUGAAAGGAGAAGCGGUCACCAGACGUGGUGCAUCUCUUGCACUGAGCCCUCGACGUAGCCGUAGCCCAACACGUGCUUUGAGUCCUCGUAGCCGAUCUGCAAGUCCACGACGUCUGACUAGCUCUGUAGCUAAUGGUUCUAUGAGUCCUGUUAGAUCCAGCAGUCCUGUCGGUAGUCCACGUAGCAGUAGUCGUGUUUCUUUUGGUACACCGCGAGCACUAUCUCCAAGACCAACCAGUGUUGCUUCCAAUUACAGUGCUUACUAAGGCCCAUCAUACCCUAUACAGUUGGUAUAAUGGAUUGUGCUGAGUGGGAAGACAGUUCCAUUUUCAUCUUAUAGGGGAGUAGGGUAGGCGUUCAUCUACCUCCAUCCAGGGACAUUGUACUUUUACCUUCUGAUCAAAAAUCAUAACAAAUUCACUUAUUUGUAAAAAAAAAAAAUAUGCUAAUAUAGCAAAUCAAUAAUUAUAAUGUAAAUUUUACAAUUGAUUGUAUUUUUGUAACUAUUUUUGACUUGAUCUAAGAGACCAAUUGACUUUUAUAUUUCUUAUUUAAUCUAGUUUGAUUUCACAUCAGGUUUUCAUGUGACCUCUCACCCCUAGCCAUUUAUCUUUUGGGCUUUUCCCUUUUUUGACUCAACAGUAUUAUUGUGCAGGUUUUUAUUUGCAGUCAGUGCUUUCUUCAUUCUCUUUUAAAUAAUUACAAUUGUUUUUUUAUAAAAUUUUUAGAGAUGUAAAUUUAAAAUAAAUAAAUAAAUGUAUUGAUUUUAAUCAUUCCGUCCUAUAUCGUAAUCCUAUGAAGCAGUGAUCUGUUUUAUUUGAUAAUAUGUGUAUAAAGUAAAGUCUGUGUAUAGCAACAAUGUACAAAUAAUUUGGUUACUUCUAACAUUAAUAUUUCAUAAUACUGAUUUGAUUGCCAAGAGUAACACAGUAGGAUUAACCAUACUUGGUUUUUCAUCACCAGUCUCACUUAUUAGUGGAAAAUAACUGCAUUAAAUAUACAUAACUUAUUAACUCCUGUUGUGAAAUAAUUGUUAAAGUUGCCAGCCAUGUUAGAAAGUAGUUAUGUUGUUUUGAGAGCACACAUAAUGGUAAUUGAUCACUGUGGUGUGACACCUAUCUUAUUGAUCAUCAGUGUUGAGUACAUUCCACUAUCCUGAUAUUGAUGUUUCAAGACAUAGCAGGUAUACUUAAGUAAAUAUAGAGAUAUAUGAGUGGUGCUAUUUCUACCCAAAUUAUGCCUACUCCAAACACAGUCUCUUCUCAAGUAUAUGAUUAAUAUAGGUUUUAGUUUUCACAGCUGAAAUUAAUGAGUGCUGAUAUAUAUGUAUGGUGUGUUAUUUUUAUAUAAACCUUUCAUCUUAAAGUGCGACAUUCCAAUAGUUUUUUGUUAUUGUUAAAGAAAGUCCAUUAGUAAAUGAGAUUUCUGGUGAUUGCGUACAACCUGCUUACAGUUUAUAGAAAAAUGUAAACCGUAAAAUUCAUAUGAAUUCUGUUCAAAUGAUGUCAGUGCUUUAAGCAUUGCAUGUAUGUAUAUCUAUACAUAUUAAUUAGCCUUUCAACAUUUUAUACUUUUUAUUGUAAGUUACAUCAUUGAAGAUGCUCUAUACUGUUUAGUAUUGAUUCAGUUAUAACCCUUUUAUGAUGAUUAGGUGGUGCUUUUCUCAGCAUUGUCAGUUUAAAAGCUGACUGAAUGGUUGGAUUUUUACAUAUACUAUAACCAGUCUGCUAUAGAUGCCUUUGUUUGUAGAUUUCAAUAACCGAGUAAAAUGGAAACCUUAACAUGGUAAUAAAUUGUACUUGAAGUGAUUUUACAAUAAAUUAAUUUUAUUAUACUGUU